GUGGCUGUGCUUUUGCUUGUAGCAUUGAGCACUGCACUGGAAAGCAAUGGAGAAGAAUAUAGUCUUGGGCCAUGUGAGCAGAAAGCAUGGAACAAUGCUAGGCCUCACAGUGUUUCCAUCUUGGAAUUUGGGGCAGUUGGAGAUGGGAAAACUUUGAACACAGUUGCAUUCCAAAAUGCUAUAUUCUAUCUCAAGUCAUUCACUGAUAAGGGUGGUGCUCAACUAUAUGUUCCUUCUGGCAAAUGGCUAACUGGAAGUUUAAACCUUAUUAGCCACCUCACUCUCUUCCUUGAAAGAGGAGCUACCAUCAUUGCAUCUCAGGACUUUGAUCAUUGGGAUGUUUUGGAUUCUCUCCCAUCUUAUGGUCGGGGAAUUAAUGUUCCAAGUGGGAGAUAUCGCAGCUUGAUUUAUGGACAGAAUUUGACUGAUGUGGUGAUUACAGGUGAUAAUGGAAUUAUUGAUGGUCAGGGUUCUAUCUGGUGGGAACUUUUCAAAUCACAUUCCUUAAAUCACAGUCGACCGCAUCUUGUAGAGUUUGUUGAUUCUGUUGAUGUCACAAUUUCCAACUUGACAUUUCUAAACUCUCCUGCAUGGGACAUUCAUCCAGUAUAUUGCAGCAAUGUCCAAAUUCUGAACAUAACAGCUACUGCACCUGCUGAAUCUCCAUUCACAAGUGGUAUAGUUCCAGAUUCUUCUCAGAAAGUUUGUAUUGAAAGCAGCAACAUUAGCACCGGUCAUGAUGCAAUUGUGCUAAAGAGUGGAUGGGAUCGGUAUGGUGUUGCCUUUGGAAAACCAACCUCAAGUGUCCACAUCAGGGGUGCUUACCUACAAUCAUCAUCGGGCGCCGGCCUAGCAUUCGGGAGUGAGAUGUCCGGAGGUAUAUCUGAUGUAACUGCAGAGCAGCUUCAUAUACUCAACUCCCGCAUUGGCAUUGAACUGAAGACAACUAAGGGAAGAGGUGGCUAUAUGAAAGGCAUCUUAAUUUCUGAUGCAGAUUUGGUAAAUAUUGAUUUGGGUAUCAGCAUGAGUGGAAACACUGGUCUCCAUCCAGAUGAAGAGUAUGAUCCAAGUGCACUUCCUGUUGUUGAUGGCAUUACUUUUAAGAACAUGAUUGGUUCAAAUAUCACUGUUGCUGGAAACUUUUCAGGAUUAAUUGAUUCACCAUUCACAACAAUUUGUCUUUCAAACUUGAAUUUCUCUGUCAGUUCUUCAUGGUCUUGUUCUAAUGUGAUCGGUUUCUCCAGCGAGGUGUUUCCUGAGCCAUGUCCUGAGCUUCAUAACUCAGAUUCAAAGUCUUCCUCUUGCUUUUCUUCUCUAUACUCACCCUCUAGUUAUAUCUCGAGCUUAUUCAAUCAACAUCCACAAGAAUCAUAGUCAUUCAUUUUCAUUCAAUCUGUACAUGAGAUACACAGUUCAAGUUCCUAUCAAGAUCUUUUCAAUCUCCCUUACAAUUUUCCAAUAAAAGAGAAUCACAGAUGCAAAUAUGUUCCUUCUCUUAAAACUUUCUGUCAACAUUCCAUUGUUAGUGUCAAAUCUAAACAGUGUAUAUUUAUGUACAGCCUCAAUUUCUUCAUUGAUGUAACAAAAAUUUUGAUGGUGAUGUACAGCCCUAAGAUGCAUAUUUCUUUGUUGAAUGCUACCUUUUGAUUUAUUGUCCAUGGCUGGACAUUGUGAUGGUAAAAAUAUUGCAAUCCCUUUACUUGUUGGUAAGUGAGAUCAUUGCUUUGUUAACUUGCUUGAUAUUGCAAUGCAAAACUGAUCUUGUUGGUGAAUGAA